AUGACGAUCCCCAUCCGAUCGCCCACCUGGGGGGAGAGACCCUACACGCUGAAUCCUGCAGGGGACGGCCGGCGAGCGAGAGCGAGGGGGGGGGAUCCCCAGAAGGAGGGUCUGGAGCGAGCGGAACCAUGUGGGAUGGUGCUGGGACAAUCCCAGGGGAACGCGGCUGGGAGCCCCGAGGGUCAGCACAGCGCAGACAGGCUGCACCGGUGCCAGGGGUGUGGGAGGAGCUUCCAUCAGAGCACCCAGCUUACCAGACACCAGGCCGGCCACACGGGGGAGAGACCCCCCAAAUCCCCCGACUGCGGGAACGGCUUCGCCCUGGGCUCAGACAUGACCAGACCAGCGUCGUGCGUCCACACGGGCGAACGCCCCCACUGCUGCUCCGAGUGCAGGAAGGGUUUCAGCCGCAGCUCCCAGCUGGUCGAGCACCGCCGGACCCACACGGCCGAGCGCCCCUUCCACUGCCCCGUCUGCCGGAAAAGCUUGGGCCAGGUCUCAGCCCCGUUGGGGUCGGUGGCGGUGGGGCCCCGGCUGGCAUGA